UACCGUGCCGGAAGAGAAGAAGGUCCUUUCCCAGCCAUCUUGUGGCUUCAUCUCGCGAAGUGUUCGCACCAAGCCUCGUAGAAUCGGAGGAAAAUCCUGCAGAAGGGGCGCCAUCAUGCCCGGACAAAUGCAAGAAGGUUUUGGCUGUGCCAUAACCAAUCGGUUCGACCAGCUAUUUGACGACGAGUCGGAUCCCUUCGAGCUGCUGAAGCAAGCCGAAGUUAAGAAGAAGAAGGAGGCUGCAGCUCCUGGUGCCGCCAAGACUGCAGCGCAGGCUGCCAAGCAGCCCAAGAAGGAGUCCCAGAAAGAAAGAAAGGCCCCGCUGUCCGAUAAGAAGGAGGAAACCCAGGCUCCAGUUACCCUUAAGAAAGAUGGUGCUGGCAUGAGGAGAAUGGCCAGGAAACCAGAGGGUGAAGGCUCCAGACCUCAGGGCGGCCAGGGAGAAGGACGGCCCCCCGCAGACAGACGGCCCGUGGACCGGCGGCCGCCCCGUCGCUUUGAGAGGCCUGCCGGCGAAGCCGCAGAGAAACCCGAGGGCGGCGAAUUCUCAGUGGAGAAGCCUGUUGGUGAUAGGCCAAUGAGGGGACGUGGCGGCGGCAGGGGGGCCCGUGGCGGCAGGGGCCGCGGCAUGGGUCGCAGCGACGGAUUCGACUCCAGAGGAAAACGUGAAUUUGACCGACACAGUGGCAGCGACCGAUCUAGUCUGAAAGGUGAGGAGAAGCGUGGCGGAAGCGGAUCUCACAACUGGGGCACAGUCAAAGACGAACUGAAUGAGCUUGACCAGUCUAACGUCACCGAGGAGAACCCAGAAGGAGAAGAGCAUCCCCCUGCUGACUCUGAGAACAAAAGGGAGAAUGAGGUCGAGGAACUGAAGGAAGAAGGCCCUAAGGAGAUGACUCUGGAUGAAUGGAAGGCCAUGCAGGACAAGGAGCGGGCCAAGGUGGAGUUCAACAUCCGCAAGGCCAACGAGGGAGCUGAUUGGAACAAAGGAUUUGUGCUGCACAAGUCCAAGGCGGAGCAGGAGAAGAAAGGUGAAGUGACUGAGCUUGACAUUGAUGAUUCCAAGGUUGACGACGAGCCCCACUUCCGGAAACCAGCCAACGACAUCACGUCCCAGCUGGAGAUAAACUUCGGAGACCUGGGCCGUCCCGGGCGCGGGCGUGGAGGACCGCGCGGUGGCCGGGGAGGCCGCGGGCGCGGAGAGGCCCCGAGGCCGACCCGUGGUGGAGGAAGGACUGAAAGGUCAUCUACGUCUGUGCCGAACGUGGACGACCCAGAGGCCUUCCCAGCCCUGGCCUAAGCCGCGGCUGUCAACCCUCAGGCCUUCAGGAGCCUCCUGAGCACCUCCACUACGAGGCUUGCAUGUUCCUGGAUCCUUCAGCAAAGUCAAAUGAUGGCGAAGACUGUCAUAACUAUGACACUCUGUGAGGACUGAGUUUUAUUCAAUAAAAACCAAACAAAGAUGGAAAAAAAAGAAAUUAACAAAAAAAAAACAUAAAACAAAAGGACUUCUUGCUACUCUGGAGCAGCUUAUUGGUAGAGGUUUUGUACUUUGAAACAAAGUAGCAGGGAUGUUUUCAUACAGUAUUUUUUUCAGAGGUUAUGCAUUGUCCAUUAAUAAAGUUUUGUAAUUGCUGCUUGAAAAUAUGCAUUUUGAAAUGUAAGCAUAAGAAUUAUCCUUUGGCGUGGUGAGUGGUGUUGCUUGUUCGCUUUAACAUGGGCGCCGUGGAGCUCCUGCAUAAGCUCCGCCUCACCGGGUAUUUCAGAAGUUACAGCUCCACUCAUUGAGAUUUAUGGGUUUGUUUCUUUUUUUUUUUUUUUUUCUUUUAGCACUGAGAUAUUGUUUUAUAUUUUAUAGAGAAGGUCUAUUCUUGUAUGAUCUUCAGCCUGUAAAUCUCAACUAUUUUCAUAAAUUCUUUCGAAGGCUGUAUUUCAUAUGGUACACACACACACUGGUAUUUGCAGAGAAGCUGCCUACAUUGGAAACAUGCACACAAUCUGAAAUUUAAUUUUUUUACUGAAAUGUUCUUGAAAGCUGGUCAUUUUUGUGGAACACAUUGGGAAAACAUCCAAAUUUUCUUUUUAUACCAGACUUAAAUUCAAAAGAUUGUCCAUGAGUUUGGAUUUUCUCGCAUUUGAGGGACACUUCUUCCUCAUGCUCAUUUCACCUUAGGUCAUCAGCCAUGUGCAAGUCAGUUGCUGCCUUCCUCUUAAUUCUGAGCGGCAAGGAGAGAAGGGGUUUUGUUUUUCUUUUUCUUCCACCCCCACAGCUGAGAUGUGACUGGAGACUGCUGGAAAAGCUCUGACCCUCUCGUUUACAUACUCCACUCGGCAUCCUUUCCACAGAUGUACCCUCUGCUCCGUUUGUUUCAGUCUGUGUCGACGUUUUCUUUUGUUGACUUGCUCUGUAGCUUCCACGAUGGCACCACUGCAUAAUUGCUCUGAAAGAAAUACGGUUGUCCAUAGUGCGGAACAACUGAAUUGCUCUACAAAUGUGUGAAUUCUAGCCCUGCUAUUAGACCUCUGUCGGUAAAUAAAGGUGGUCAACAAAAAGUCA